AUAGGUUCGAAGAUAAGCAUCAACAAUCCAACCUUUCAGCAACACUGGUUACACACUUUACUCUUUUCACUCUCUCUCUCCAUCACUACGUUAUCCUUAUCUUGUUUUCCACCACAUCAAUGGAAGUACUCUCUUCAACAAGAACCACCUCCUCCUCGUUGAAUCCCAACGCUCCGAUGUUCGUUCCACUAGCUUAUCGCACGGUGGAAGAUUUCUCCGACGACUGGUGGACCCUAGUUCACUCCUCCCCUUGGUUUCGCGAUUACUGGCUCCGCGAACGCUUCCAAGAUCCACAGAAUCAAAACGACGCGUUUUCGGAUUUUGAUAUGGAUGAAGACGAUCUUUUCCAUGUCCAUCAAAUUGAACACCAACACGAAGAUGGGAAAGAUUUGGUCUCGUUGGGAUCGUUGAAAUGGAGAGGAUCUGGUGGGUGGGCUGAAGCUCCGAAAUAUGCGGAGAAGGCUCCGAAGAAUUUUAAGCCCAGAGUGAGCCCACGGGCUAUUCAUCAGCCUAGGUAGAUUGGUGGCAAGUGGUGUUGUAAAUAAAAAAAGAGUCGCUUGAGGCGUAGUAUGAAAAUAACUAGAUGUAUGAUUUCAGAGUUUUCUUGUAAUUUCUCAUUUUCGUUUUGUUUGUUGACUAAUCAGUUGUUUAGUUUCAGUGUAUUACAAAUUCAAAAAAUAGAAUAAACAUUUUCUUUCUCUGUA